UUAUAUAAACCCCAACAACUAGAAUUCACCAUCAACAAAUCAUAUCAUAGGUACAAAUUAAUUAAAGAUGUAUAAACAUAUGUCUAGAAUUUUCAUACAAGGAUUUAUCUUCCUUGUGAUUGCUUCACUAGCAGCAGCAGGGUCAGAAAACAAGGCUAGAGCCAAAAGAAGCAUCUUGGUUGGAGACUCUCAAGGUUGGCGUGCCGGUACUAACUACACUCAAUGGGCCAUCAAAAAUAGUCCCUUCCGCAUAAAUGACACAUUAGUGUUCAAGUAUCCCCCAAAGGGAAAUUCCACCGUUGUUCCUAGCGUUUACUUACUACCAAACAUGUGGAGCUAUAUGACAUGUGAAUUUAGAGGAGCAAAGCUAAUUGGAAGUGAAUUUCAGGGUGGUGGUGAAGGCUUAAAGAUUGAGCUGAAUGAGUUGAAGCCUUACUACUUUGCCUCUGAUGAAGGCAAUGCCUAUGAUUGUAUUGCUGGACUCACUAAGUUCAUUGCAGUUCCAUCUACACGUUCAUUUUAAUUUGGCCCAAUUCCUUUUUCAACCUCAUGACCCAAUUAAAUCAAAGUUAUUUCUUUCUAACAUAGUUGAAUUUAAAUAUAAAAUAAAAUGGAUAGUCUUUAUCUGUUUUUCUUUCAUGUGGUACCAAAAGAAAAAAGAAUAUUGUAUGUUGUUUUGAUGAUGUAUUUUUGUCUCUUACUGUUUUAAAUAAAAUAAAACUGCAGUGGGUUUUUGAGGAUUU